GUGAGAACAGCAGCUGAUCAGCUGAGAACAAGGAUCGAGAACCAGAGCCACUUUGUACUUGAUAAACCUUCUACCUGACUACAGAACGUUCAGAGCAUAAAGAGCGAGGAUCACCAUAUGUUAUCAGCAGAGGAGCGUAGCCAGUGAUGAGUGAGAAAACCAUUCCCCAUGUCUGGGACGAAGAAGACUUCGAGGCGAUCAGGGAGGCGCACUGUGUUCACAGAAAGGGCAUAACAAUUUCUCAGGCUGUUGAACAAUAUUCAACCUGGAGUAGGAAAUAUGAGAAGGAUCUUUGUCCAGGGCGGUACAAGGGCCCCAUGAUAGCAGGCAAGGUAGUUGCUGAUUAUUUUGAAGACGACAGGGAGAAGAAGAAGAUUAUAGACAUCGCUGCAGGAACUGGCUUCGUAGCUGAACAUCUGAAGACCCAUGGGUUUGUUCACAUUGACGCACUGGAACCUUCCAGCAAGAUGCUGCUGAGAGCGAAGGAGAAGGGCCUGUACGAGGACUAUUAUACCGAGUAUCUGUGCGAGGUCCAACUGCCUAUCCCCAAUGAUACAUACGACUGUGCCGUCUCCAGCGGGGGGAUGGGGGAGGGACACAUUCCGUGUUCCGGAAUUCCUGAGAUGAUCCGGAUCGUAAAACCAGGCGGAAUUAUAUGCAUAAUAAUGCGUGAAGUGUUCCUGAGAGACGUGGAUGAAUACAAAGAUCGGCUGGAGCCACUCAUGGACUCUCUAGAAAAGGAGGGGAAAUGGAGACAAGUGUCUCGAGUUAUUAUUCCUAAUUAUUUCAUAGUUAUGUCUGGCAUAGUAUUUCUCUACAGAGUUAUUUGAUUCCAUGGAAAAUCGUUUCACGCCCACCACAACAUGGAAGACACGCAGUUACAGAUGGACGAGGGCUUAUAGGAAUAUAAUCGUAGCGUUUCAAAAAUACAAUAUUUUACAAACAAGGGGAUUAAAUAAACAGUAAUUCAUUCAUCUCGUACAAGGAUAGUUUUCGUUUCAACAAUACAGUGUAUAUUGUUAACACAAACACGGGGAUUUACUAAACAGUAAUUCAUUCACCAUGUGCAAGAAUGUUUUUAUAUCUCCUAUUACAUAUGUGGGGUGCGAGGUAAAUGAUCAAGCGGGAUGAGUGGGUUUAUACACCACGAGACCGAACGUCGAUCUAUUUACAAGAAUAGACAGCACGUGCAACCUCGUUUUUUAUGUUUGUAUGUAAUUGUAGAGUGUAUAUGUCCAUGGAGAGGGGUUUUCUAACUUAUAAGAACUUGUCCCCAAUUCAUUUCACUUCCGUGAAUAAAAUACGUUUA